CUUUCAUGUUUCCUGUUUCCGGCGGGGGAGAAACUUCGAGACGGGAGACGGUCGAGAGAUGCGAUCGGUGUCGAAGGGAGCCAUGGAUCCGAAGGAGCAGAAGCCGAUGAGCGACAGAGUGUGCAGGCGCUGCAAGAUCACGUAUCAGUCGAGCGUUAAUGAAUCCACCUCUUGCCGAUUUCACCCUUCUAUCUUCGUUUGCCGUCGUCAUGAUGAUCAGAAGAGGUACUACCAGCUAGGUCCAAACGAUCCACCCUAUGCUGCCAAGUUUUAUGAUUGUUGCGGAGCAGAAGAUCCAGAUGCUGCAGGAUGUACGACCUCUUUCCACGUUUCGUAUGACGACGAGACCUAGAGUUGUAUAUAUUCCAACUAAGACAGUACCUACAUAGUGAACAAGGAUGACUUGAGUUGUAUACGUACAGGUACAAAUUCUCCUUCUAGAGGAUUGUUACUGCAUCGUAUGUAUACUCUUCAUAAAGUCUCCACUCACAAGUCGAGAAUUAGCUGCCAGUAUUCUCCCAUGUAUGCGCUCUGUACAAUUGAGAAUUUUAACCUUGUUGAUGAGGUGAAAUCGG